AAGAUGGCGGCUUCGGACGUGGAAACGGAGGGUGAAAAUAUUUUGUACGAUUUGACAGUGCAUGCCGAAUGGAAACAAGAGAAUGAACCUUUUAGACAUGCAGGCGGCAGACACAGUCAGCAUUCAGCACUUGGGAAAAUAACUUCAUCUACUCAAAGAAGAGGUUGGACAGUGUUACGUAGCAUUGGUUUACCUAUUCAGACAGCUAGUCCAUGUUACCUUCCACCAAGUCUUGUCAAACUUGUGAACUGCACUAUCAACUGGCAGAUAGCUGUUAGCAGAGAUGGCAGUGUUGUUGCUGUUAUGCAAGACCAGGGGGUAGAAAUAAGGUCUAAGAGAGAUGAUUAUGCUGUUGUGACUGGUCGUGUGACGUUGGAGAAAGAUGGCCACCCACAGUGGCGCCGCCUGGUGUGGAGUCCUGACAAUACAAUGAUAGCAUGUUCACUCAGCAAUGGAACUGUACAAGUGUAUGAUAUUGUUGGGACACAGCUAUUCUCUAUCCCUGGAAAGGAAGUUGCCCCAGGUGUCACAGACUUAAGUGAGGCUGUAGUUGCCCUUAUAUUUACAGAUAAAGUUCCUGAUAAAGAAUGGUCAUCAGAAUUGCUUGUUAUAAACUACCAUGGAAAGUUAAGUAGUUACAAAGUGGACCGAGAUAAGGGAUGUGAACUUCUUCAUACAUUUGUCUUCAACAGCUUGUACCCUCUUGGGAUCAGUUGUGUAGAGUACCAUGGAGAGGCGGGGCUACUCUAUGUUGGUGGGUGUGGUCAAGAAGAAGAGGGUAUGUCUGAAGCUACUAAAGAGGGUCUGACAGCAUGGCGUAUUCUCUCAGACUACCCGCACUACAAAGUGGUGACAGAUUAUGCUGAAGAUCUGAGCAGGGCACAGAGUCAGAAGUCGUUGAGGAAAAGGUUCAAGUUGUUCAACUGGUCUCGGUUGAGAGGUGAGAUACAGGAGGGCAUGUUCCGGCUCAGUCUGUCACCAUGCAGGAAGUAUGUGGUGUCGGUCCACUUCUCCGGCAAGGUGUGUCUGUGGGCAGUACCAAGUUUAAAACUCAUCAGAUCCUGGAAACAAGAAGAACAGCCGUACGCUGAUGAAAUAAGUCCCGAGUUUACAGAGAAUCCUCAAGUCAGGAAACAAAUUAAAGAUCUUGUUAACACAAGAAAUCUGUUGGAUAUAAAUUGGUGGUCAGAAGAGGCAGUUAUAUUAGGGCGAGGUACAGGAGCUGUGACUGUGUCAUCUAUUAGCACACUGAAGAAUCUGCUAGGGAACCAGCCAGAAUGGUUUGAGCCAGCUCCACGUCUCUCAGAAGUGCAUGAUGGAGGCUUUCUUGGUCUAGAGGUAGAAUGUCGUUUUCCAUCAAAGCGUCGUCUGGUGCCAGACUCGGGAGAUGAAGAGGAUGAAAGUGAUGAAGAGGAGGCAGGUCUUGUGUCAAAGUCAUGGGGGGUGGCCAAACAAUGUCUGCACUAUGUCACUGACAUGGACACAUUUAAACCACCAAAGAAAAAACCCAGACUGGUAAACAGAACAUACAGACUUGUUUGUCUGAAGUCAACCACUCCAGAGGAAUUAUUUGCUCGCAAGUUGGAGAAUGAAGAGUAUGGUGAAGCUAAGGCCCUGGCACAGGCAUAUGGUCUGGAUGUAGAUUUGGUUUAUCAGAGACAAUGGAGGAAAUCACCUGUAGAAAUAUCUUCUAUACAGGACUAUCUUAGUAAAAUCAGCAAGAGAGCCUGGGUGUUACAUGAAUGUAUGGAGAGAAUGUCAGAUAAGAUAGAUGCCAUGAAGGAACUGCUCGAGUUUGGUCUGAGGGGGACAGAUCUACCAGCUCUUAUUAUGAUUGGCAAAGGUGAAGAUAAAGGGAGGUUUAUACUGAUAGACCCAGAGGAUGGUCUGUAUGAAGAUAUAGAGCUGGAUGACUUUGAUCCUGAAGUGGAAGAGAAACGUGAAAAACUGAAACAAGAUCGUAUAGAUCAAUUUCUGACUGAAGUGGACUUUGACAAUUUAACCCUGGAACAAAGAGAGCUGUGUAGAGCAAGGAAGAAACUGUUACAGUAUUUAUAUAGGCUGAAAACAUAUGAGUAUAUUUUGGGUGGUGUAAGCUAUGCAGCUGAGAGAUAUGACCCAAAGUUCUUUGAGAAAUUCAGAUCACAGAAUAUUGUAGAGCUAGCUGUUGAUUAUGCACAGAGCAGUGACUGGAAGGCGCUAGAGACAUUGUUCACAUUCCAUGGACAUGAGCUCCUACCUCACAGGCUUGCAAUUUUGAGCAAUUUUCCUGAAACAACACCACCAUCAGAAUACAAGACGUUGUUGCCUGAAAUGAGUGAAUCAGAGCUGGUUCUUUGGCCCACAGACAGAUGGUGUAAACUAGACUGGGUGGACCUGGAACCAUGCAAGACAGCACUGGAACCAAAUGCAGUGGACCUGGGAGAAUUUAUAUAUGAAGAAAGGCCUGAUUUUAAGAAAUAUCGAGGAAAUAUCACUGGCGAAACUUUGACAGACUGGUACGAGUAUCGAGGAAAGGAGAUAGAACGCCUGUCUAGACAAGCUGAUAGUGCUCUAGAACUGGUCAAACUUGCUGUCGAAAGAAAUGUACAGGGGCUUGAAAAUGUACUUGAUGACCUGGUUACCAUGGAUAUGCUAGUGUACAGUUGUCAUAUAGAUGAGACAUUGACGUUUGAAGAGUUACAGGAAAUGGCAGACUAUGAUAAACUUGAGCUCCUUAUGUCAAAGUCGAGUGAUGAUAUGUAUUCCAAAAACUUGAGGAGAUGGAUGGUACCAUUCUUGAAGCAGUGUGACAGACGGACACAUGGAGCAUACAUUCACCUGCUCCGAGACUACGUUGUAACGUCUGCCAGGUCAGACCUAACACGACCACUUCAUGUAUUUGAAGCAUCAAAAACACAUUUACCAAAUCCAGUAAUCCCAAAGCAAGCAGAGUUGAUGUCACUGGGUAUUGAUGCUAUCUAUAGUUGUCAAAGGGAUGACCAGCUACAUCUGGCGGAGGAGAUUUUAAAGUGUUUACCACAGAGAGGAUAUGGGGCAGACACUAAGGAGAUACAGAGGCUUCAUGUGCUGGUAGAUAAACUCGAAGAUCAUCUCAAUGCUGCUAAAGUAUUGGCAGAAAAUGGAAUUAAAAAGCCUGUGUAUUACAUCAAAGAAACUGAGACAAAUGCAGAUGAGGCUGAACAGUUGAUGAUCAGACUGACCAGAAACAUGGGCAGACGGGAGGGUACAGCAAGCGAAGUACAAUGGUCGAGACUUCACAGUGAGAUGAUGCAGUUACAAGAUAAAGUCUACAGAUGUGUCUCACCUUCACUCUGUCAUGCUACAUUUGUAGAGAGCUUGCUGUGCUCAAACAACUCCAGCUAUAUACAGCUUGCAGGACAGAUGGUUGAGAGAAAUGUAUCUGAAUCUCACAGGCCCACACCUCUCAUUUACACCAUGCAGACCAAGGUUCCCUAUACAAAGGCUGCGGAACUGGUCCUCAUGGCAGCGCAGGAGUACUUCAAUUCUUCUGCCAGUCUCACUGAUACAUGUAUGGUUCUAGCAAGGUCAUGUCUAAAUCUGAUACAGGACAGUCCUCCGGUCAUCCAGGAGGAACAUGAUCUAAUCUCGUCUCUGUCUGUGCUCGAGGACUUUGGUGUUAAAGUUCUUCCAUUACAAGUACGACUGUCUAAAGACAGACUAGAAUUGGUACAACAGGCUGUAGACUGUAAACCAGCGUCAUAUACACAGAAACAAAAGUUGCUACGACUAGGACAUUUACUGAGGAUAACAGCUGUUGACAGGGUUGACAGGGAUGGAAAAGUUCUACAUAUCCUUGCUAGAGCUGCUGUCAAGAAUGAAGAUUUUCCAUUUGCCUAUGAUGUCUGCCAGGAGUUGAUGUCCAGUUGUCAUGGAGCUGCCUGGGAUGUCUGUGUGGAUCUAGCUGAACAUGCAGCAUUUCAAAACUUCCGUGCAAAGGUGGAGCUGUUAUCUUUUGCUGUGACAUUUUGCACACCAGAUAUGAUUGAACCUAUCCUACAAGCCAGGGCUCUACUAGAAACACAGGUACUGUUUGAAGGAAUUAGUUCCAAGGUUCAGGAGUCGGAAGAAGAUUCAAACAAGCGAGUCAGUCCAUUUUCUUCUAAAGCUGCUCUGCAGCAGACACAGCAUAUACUGGCAUCAACAAAACAGACAACAAAAGCAGUUUUAUCUACUGUAACAGAUUCUAAAUGGUGGCAUGGUACAGUGAACAGAUUGCGUCAGCCAAUGAAACGACAGGAGUCAUACGAUAUGACAAACAGAAACAAGAAGCUAGAGUUACAGUCUUGUCAUCCAUUUUAUGAAGGAUUUAUUGCAAAUUGCUUCUCUAAUGUGGAUGAGGCAGAUUUCUGCCAUCUUGAGACACAUGUAGAUAUGGAGACCCAGAUGAGUGAGAAGUUGCUGAGAACUGCACAGCUAGAAGAGAUGUUGACAGAAGGAGAAAAAUCCCAGUCUGCUACAGAAGUGCUGUUGCAACUUGCCAGUGAGUGUUUCUGUGUAGACAACACGCUGAGUUUAGCUUAUUUACUGGCCCUCCAACAGCCAACAGAGGCAGACCGAUGUUUUGAUGAUCAUCCGAGGACAGAUAUAUCUCUACAGCUGGCAUUGUAUUACUAUGCCCUACAGCUAUAUUCAGCAGUCAGACCAGUAGAUAUGCCACAUAUAUCUCCUCUCUAUGUCAGAGAACCAGUAAAGGUCAUGCAGAAGGUCACUAGUUUGGUCUGUCAAAAGAAGGAAAUUCAAUGGCCAGAUUAUGUCCUUGACCUUGUGGAGAAGAUAAAACAUUACAAUGAGAUGCUAGAGGACUAUAGACAGGCCAAGAUACUGAAAAAACUAGACCGAGGUAUAGAUACAGAGAGGUUCACUUCUGAUGCAGAGUACAAGACCGAGACUAUAUUGGGACUGGCUAUGACAAUUGAGGACAGUAUAUAUAACAUUUCUGUGAGUUUGGCUGAACGUUAUGAUAUACCACAAUGGCAGGUUUAUGCCACACACCUUGAAUUUCUUCUUUGUGAUAGUGGGUUGUCUGUAGAAGAGCUUCAGGCAAGAGUGGAUAAACUGAACAUUAUAGAAGUGUUACGCUCUCGACCAGAUGAGUUCUGUGAGCGUAUGAAUACCUAUGUGUACCCAUCACUGGAUGGCACAGACCACCAAAUGUUACUGUUUUACUACAGUACGAUGCAGGGAUGUGAGAAAGUGUUACAGGGUAGACUUACUGCAGAUAACCAUGUCAAACUCCUCAAGAGACUCAAAUCUGUUGCUUCUGGAUUAGACUAUGGACAGUUGAUGAAGCAAGACUGUGAUGUUAUAGAAGUUCUCUCCCCUUGUCUCACCUCCAGUAAUGUUAUAACUUUUGCAAAACUUGCUAAGCAGAUUCCAGAUGGGAAAGGUGGAGUAUUAGAUGCUAGUAUUAUAAACUGUUGCUGGGCAGCCAAAUUUUUCUGGGAAGGAGAUGGAAAGAAACAACCAGACACAACAGCUGCCUGGGUACAUCGUUACGAGGCUUGUUCGGAGUAUAUUCAGAAAUUGCAUUCACAUCAUGUGAUAAACUUCCUCCAGGCUGUUGUGUUCACAGAGAAAUCAAGGAUAAAGCUUGAAGUAGAAUGUCGUUUGGAGAUAUGUAAGCGAAUGCUGAAGUUUGCACGACAACAGGCUCAUAAAAAGAAAAAAUCUGAGGAAGAAAGUCGGUAUCCAUGGGAAACUGUAGCAACGGUUGUACAGGGAUAUAUCAAACAUUUGGAAACACUCAGUAACCCUGUUGUCAUGGUGAUGGCAGAGUCAGAGGUCAAACAGGUGCAAGAGUACCUGAAAUUAUAUGACCUUUCAAUGGGAACAACAAACAAGGUACAUGAACUUCUAGUCAGUAUAGUACUGGAUGGUGAGCUGUCACUUGAUGCUGUUAGUGAGUUUUUGUCAGCAGUCUCGGACAAAACUUGGACCAUUGUAACAAUAGUGAAAGAUGCUGUUGAUUAUCUCCUUACAUGUUUAAGCAAUAAGGAAAGUGUCUUUAAACCUCUGAAUGUGGUAGAUCACCUGAAGUCCUUGGAGAAAAUUGUAGAGAAUAUACAAGAUCACAUAGAAGCAGGUGGAGACUUAAUCAGUUCGGAGGAGUUGAUGUCCCAGCUGCGGCCAUUCUGUUCCGAUUCCACUGUGGAUGUACAGCCCAGACUUGAUGUCCUGUAUAUACUUGAAAAGAGUUUCAAGUUGUCAGAGGAAGAUUCUGUCUUACUAACAUUGUACAGAACACAGGCAGUUGUGUCAGAAAUCUGGCCACAAUGUCAGGUCACCGAAGCUGAGAUAGGUUCUACUGAGUCAAGACACAAGUUAUUUCUUAACUUACUCCAGAAGAGUAACACAUUACAGGGAGAUAACAAUGGAAAAUCUCAGUUUUCAGCACUUUGUCGUCUUCUAAAAUUGUGGCCAUCUUUUUCCAAGUUGAGCGACAUAGAAAAGCCUUGGAGCAGUCUGUUUAAGUCAAUGGUAGUCAGUGGUUGUCACUACAACGUAUUGCUAGUCUUAGACACAGUGAAAACAACAGAAACCAGUCUUUCAUUUCAGAAUAUUGAGACAGUGUACAAAGAAAUGGUUCAACAUGGCUACAGUAUAGAGGCUGUCAAAUUUUCUCUUAUCACUGAACAAAGGGAACUGUUUUCUAGUGCAAUGGAUCUGUUGUCACGACUACCACAGAUAAAUGAGGAUGCAGAUCUUAUAAAUCUUAUUCUGAAGCACCAUCUUGUACCUGAUCUGGUAUCAACAACACAUUAUCCAAUCAUUGUGCAGUAUGUUCUGACCAAUCAGGAUCCAGAGAUUGGGUCAUGUAAUCACCUGUCUGUGAUAGGAUUAGCCAAUCAGCUUAGAGAUAGAGGAUUUGAAGCUGAGGCUGGCAGUUUAAUGCUGAAAACAAAAGCUGUCCCACCUCUAUUACAAACUUUUGGAACAGCCCUUGGUUCUUUCACUAAGUGGUUUAAAUGAGAAUUUGUUUCUGUGCAGGAACAACUGGUAUCUGUCAAAAGUGCUUUUUCUCUUCAAUGACACAAUUUACUUUGGAUGCAUAAGUUAAAUUUGCAUUGUUGAAGGUUAAACUUUUUAGCUCACCUGUCACAUAGUGACAGGGUGAGCUUUUGUGAUCGCCCUUCGUCCAUCGUCCGUCCGUCCGUCCUCCGUCCACAAUUUCUUGUGAACAAGAUAGAGACAACAUUUUGCAAGCAAUUUUGAUCAGACUUGUACAAAACUUGUAUUGGCAUGAUAUCUGAGUUCCUUUCAAAAACUGGCCAGAUCCCAUCAUGGGUUCUAGAGUUAUUGCCCCUUAAAGGGCCAGAAUUUGCUAUUUUUGUGCGUCAACAAGGACUUCGGACACUAUCAUAUGCUUCUAGCCUACAUUUUAAAUGCAAAUUUCUCAUUAAGUAUUUAAACAAUACCCAAAUCAUUUCGAGUCAAUGAUAACCAACGUAUUAGUUAUUUUUUACAGCAGAAACUGAUUUGUAUCUGUUCCUAUCAAAAUGUUUUUCUUAUUUUAUCUGGGCAAGGUUAUAUUUUCUUGAAAAAAUAAAAUAUUUAAUUUCCGUAAAAAUAUAAUGUCAUCACUUUACGGAAGUUUCAAAUAUAUGAAUUCCAGUCGAAAAAAGUGACAAAAUCUGUUUAUUUUAUUACUCAAAAUAAGACCAACUAUCUCGUACAGUACUCUUUUUAUUAACAUCAAUAUAUACUGAUACUUGUAAUAAAAGUUCCACAUUCAUAUAUAAUCAUGUAAUCAACUUGGAUUAAUUAAAGUCUGUUAAUAAUAAUGGAAGUUGAUCGGCCGCUCGUGACUCAACAAGGGUCUCACCGUGUAGAGUCUAAGUGGGAUAAAAUUUCCAUCGACCGAGAGGAGAACAGACGCUCCAACCCAAGGCUUGCAAACAUCACUAACUGUAACCACGCAACCACACAAUCCAUCGAAUCUCGAAUCGUGAAUCCAACCCAGCCCGGGUCUCACCGGAAUGUGGGUCAAAUGCACAACCCGAGCAAUGUAGAGUGAGGCAAUGCAAUACAACAGCACGCAUGGUAAGACAACGCAAGACACUUUGUACACUUUGUACUUUUGCAACGGGUGUCACUCAAACGCAAAUACGCAACAAUGUCCAUUGAACCUCGAGCCACAUAUUCCAUUCAUUUGGGGUAUCACCGUAUAAUGAGCGAAAUCGCAACACAAGUCAAUGUAAGGCAAGGCAAGGCAAGGCAAACUGACACCCCUGAAAGCCAGGCCAAACAACGCAACACAUGCAAUACUAGGUAGGAAUCGCCAAGUACUAGGGCAAAACCUUUUACUAACCAGUUAACACAAACUGGUAAACAUGUGACACCCAAGAUACAUAACUUGAACGCAAACACACAGACACCGCAUCCGUUCACCCCACGGCCGACAGAAUUAUACCGCCACAAUAAAUUUAUAAUUUAUCCGCCAAAAUUCUAGCGAUUUUCAGAGAUAUUCUUUAAAAUUGAAUCCCUAAUAUAAUCCAAGUAAAACUCUAGUCCUACUUCAUUCAGAUGAACCCCAUCUGGCCGAAAAAAUGGAGUUUCGGCAUCAAUAUCGGGCUGAAUAAUAUCAUAUCUACCACUAGAUCGAACCAAUUUGCGGCCUGCCCUGUUUAUACGAAUGCGCUUUUGUUCAAUUACUUCAUACCCCUUUAAGGCCCCUCUCCAGACUUGCCUCUGAAGAAUGUCUAUCCAGACUAGAAUAGAAUCUGGAAAGGCGUCACGCAAAUAUUCUAUUUCAGUUUCCAUUGUUCUUUUAAGUUGAACAACUGUGGAGUCUGUUAAAUCGUUCCCACCUAGGUGUAAAAAUAUAAUUGAUGGAUGGGAAGAAAAAAGCACCUUAGCCUCAAAUUGCUGUCUGAAAUUCCGCCAAUGCAAGCCUCGCACCCCCAGCCAGUCAAUGGACAAAUCCGGCAAGCGUAGAUUCAGUUUGUUCGUUUCUUUUGCCUGCACUCCAGCCCAAUAUGGGAUCGAGUCUCCAAGGACCCAUAUGUCUAAAUAAAAAUUAUACGAGAAUGUAUAAGUGAUUACAUCUUAAUUUGUAUGUUGAAUACUGACAUAUGACUUGGGUCUCACCAAGCAUAUAAGCCUAAAGUCACAACACUAUUAGUUACGGAUAUAUAAUUUGAAACAACCAGACGACCAUCUACCCAGUUUCAUUAUUGCUUCUGACGAUAGGCCUUGCAUUGCUAAAUCUGUGGCUCUACCAAUUCGAAAGCUAUGGGUUUUAUAACUGGUGUUAUUGAAUAUUCGAGCGUUAUUCAAACAUUUGGCUAAAACCGUAGAAAACUGAGAUCUUGUCACAGGUGUCCCAUUAUGAUGAAUAAAUAAAGGGCCCUGAAAUUUUGGUCUUUUUUCGCUAUAUAUUGAGAUAAUGCACGGACUGGACAAAUCAUAUCCUCGUCCGUAGGAAUUUUUAAUGUAACCUGAUUUCCAGCCUGAUUAGUUUUGAAAUAAUGAAGUUUGAUAAGUACAUAUUUGUUAUCUAUAAUGGACAUGUCUGCGACUUUAACAACUCUCUGAAUUUGUGAAGUCGAAGGGGCUACUAAUUCGCUUACCCGAAACAAACCGAAGUAUGCUACAGUAAACAAACUACAAAAUAGUUUUGCCUCAUAAUCAUUGUAGCAUGUACGAGGUAAGCAACCGCAUAUAAUCUUUAAUAAUGAUUUGGUCAAUGGGGCCCGAUUGUCUCGUGUAACACGAUUUCUUCGACAACCUUCUAACAGUUUAUUUAUGAUAAAAACCUUGUGUAAGUCAAAAAACCCGUGCAAUUUGUGAAAAUAAUUUAAGCCUGCAAUAUAAGUUGAAAUCGUCUUAGAAGAUUGACCCUUCUCAAAACAACAUGCAAUAAACAAAAUGAUGUGUUGGAUUGGUAUCGGCCAUUGUAAAGGUAAAUGGUAAGUGAAUUGGAAUUUUUCAAAUACUUUAAUAGCAGUAUUAUACGUAGCUGACGUAUUAGGUGCUAUUCCGGACUGUAACAGACUUCGAGCUCUAGAUCGAAGACGCUCCACAGAAAUUCCAGGACCUGUUGAGAUUGUGGAUCUGCAUCUGGAGCUAGUUCUCUGAAUCUGGCUGACUGAAAUCAAGAUAAUGCGUCAUAAAUGUCAUUGUGGCGACCUGGAACAUGUUCAGCCUUAAUAAGAAUAUUCAGCUUCAUACAGUGAAGAGUUAAGAGCCUAACGAGACGCAUGACUGAUUCAGAUUUCGAUGACAACUUAUUCAAAAUACUUACAACUGCCAUAUUAUCGCAGCUGAACCUUAUUUUUUGUUAACUAACUCUGAUCCCCAAAUGAAUACUGCUUCUAAAACUGGAAACAAUUCCAGGAAUGUAAUGUCUGCCGUAAAACCACGCUUAUGCCAUGAAUCGGGCCAUUUCGCUUGGCACCAAUGACGUUGGAAAUAAAUACCAAAACCUAAAUUUGUGCCCCCGGCACUAUCAGAAAAUAACUGUACAUCUUCAUUUGAAACCCAAAAUCUGUCGUGAAAAACUGAAAUGCCAUUAUGAUUCUGUAAAAAUAUAACCACAUUGCUAAGUCGAGACGAAUCUCUUCCUUAAUUCUUACAUGAUGAUAUGGUUUCGUCAGACCACAAAUUGAGUUUAUCAGACGGCGAAUGAAUGGUCGACCAGCUAUAAUGGCUCGACAGCAGAAAUUCAAAGAACCAAUCAAAGACUGUACUUUCUUUAAAGUUGAUUUAGGCUGCGCUAAAAUGUCCUUAAUUUUCUGAACUACCUCCUGUAUUUUCGUAAUAGGAAUUCUUACAACCAUCUGGUUCGAAUCUAACUCUAGGCCUAAAAACACCAAAACUUCCGUCGGACCUUCAGUCUUUUCAGUUGCCAAGGGAACACCCAACUCAGACAUGGUAUCUUGAACUAUCUUUAAAGCAUGGGUACAAGACUCGGUCGUUUUGUCUCCUCCUAAAUAAUCAUCAAGGUAGUGUAUUAAUUUAGCAGUGUUCAAUUUUGAUUUUAUGCAAAACUCCAAGAACCUGGCAAAUCUUUUAAAUGUUAUGCAACUGAUUGAAGCACCAAAUGGCAGCGCCUUGUCAAAAUAAAAUUUUUCCUUAAAGCAAAAACCCAGUAAUUCGAAAUCUGAAGGUCUGAUCGGAAUUAAACGAUAAGCACUUUUGAUAUCUGUUUUAAAUAACUUACAAUUGCGCCCUAAUUGUUGAAUCAGUUUAACUGCUUCAUCGAAACUUGUGUACUUAACCGAACAAAUGGCUGGAUCAAUAAAAUCAUUCACCGAAUUACCAGGGGGGUAAGAUAAAUGAUGAAUCAUUCUAUAUUCACCUGGAGUCUUUUUGGGUACUAAACCUAUUGGUGAAACCAUUAAAUUUGGUAGUGGUCGUUCUUUGAAAGGACCGGCAACCCGGCCAGCAUCAAUUUCUUUUUUAAUUUGUGUACUAAUUAAUUCUGGGUUGAACUCUGUGGAACGUAAAUUUUUUGAGUCGCGCGGUUCUCGUGGCCCCAUAUAUUGAAUGGGAAAUCCGUAAGUAAACCCGUCUAAUAGAAAAUCUGCCUCUUUUUUAUCGUAUAAAUUUAGUAGCGUUUCAGUGCUGAGAUUUUCACAGGUGAUUUUGCUAAAGUGAAAAGAUUUUUAUUCUGAAGCUGACAUGAAGCUAUCGAUUCAUUUCCUAAACUGGUUCUUGGCUCGACCACGUGACUUGAAGAGUGACUGUGACCCUCUACCUCGAAAGGGAGCUCGAAAUGAGGGCGUUUGACUACCUAAAGUCUUGACCGACGUAUUGAUAUAGGUACAAGCAACCUCUGGAUGAGGAGCAUAACACCUUGCACAUACGUGGGCAAAUCUGCAGUUGGGCCACCUACAAUUACCAGAAUUGAAAUCAUUGCACGUGAAUCUAACAGGGUUAGUUUGAUUAUUGGAGACUGGCUUUACCUGCAUGCAACGCCACCAUAGAUCAUUAUUUAUUUUUGACCAAGGGGCUGGGGUGAUAGCUUGACGUAAAUUUACAUACUCGCCCUUGCAAAUCUUUUGUUUGAGAGAAGCUGGCACGUGAGCUGCCAAAUCGUCAUCUGCCAAGCGCAAAGCUUGUAUAGAAAUGUCACCUAGCGAAUUUACUGAAUUGUGCGCUGAAAUAUUAUCAUGAAAAGGAAUGCUUGCUGGCGCGUGCGUAGCUAGUGUAUUCGCGUCGCCACACCCCAUUCGAAAAUUGUCGGUAUGCCCUAAAAAACUAUUACAGUCCCCAUUUUGAGGAACUAUGUUUGAAUCCCAAAUAAUCUGCUCAAAAUCAAUGAUACUGUUACUUGACCUACCUGCAGAAGAUUGUUGGACUCUAUCGUCUACCACGUUCUCCUCCAGGGCGUCUGCACGACGUUUCUGACCGCGCCCUCGGUCUGCUGCGGGGUCGCCGUCAUGCCGGUCGUCAAUCUGCUCAGCUACGUCUCUCUGGACCUGUCUCGGUCGUAAAACCCUCUCUCCUGCCUGUUCCUGUUGGUUGCCAUUGUCUUGCCCUUCAUUACGCUGGGCAUCUCUGUUACGAAGAGCCCUCCGACGCAUCGGUUCCUGCCUUCGACCACGUGGCAUUGCAAGUAAAUUUGCAGACGUGUUGGAAUGUUUUGCCAAAUAAUUCUAAAUAAUUCUGACGUUAGUACGACGGUGUAGCUAGUCAAAUGUGAGAGAACUGCACGAGAUUUUUGCUUAUAUAGUAUGUUGAGCUGGGUACCAAUUUAGCAUGAAUAGGAACCAAUCAUGAGCAACCAAGUGUAACAAUAUCGAUGGUACUUUAUCUAUAGAUUGCAGACGACAAUUUGACAUGAUAUAAUAGCAGACGACAAUUUAACAAACGAUAGCUUGAGAAAAAAUAAAUCAAAUUAUUUUAAUUCUAAAAUAAUUUCCAUUAUUUAAGGAAAAAAUAACAUUUUAAGAUUAAAAUCCUAUAAAUAAAUAAAAAAAGAGAACGAUAUUUUUGUAAACAACCUGUACUUGAUUUAUCUAUACACUGUUCGUAAUGUAAAGUUAUUGAUGCAUUACAUGUGUGAAUAGGUAUACAUGUAUAAGUGACCGGUCAGUUUUAUUACAGUGGUUCAGGUAGUUAUUUAAGUACAUGUACAUGUCUGUAUAGCUCUGUUAUAAGUGAUGGCCGAUAUUUGUGUGCUGUAUAACAAUAAUACUAAGAAAAGGCAGUAAUCUUAUCACGGCCUUAGGGUGGGUUCUUGCUUGGGAUAAGUACCAGUGGCACAGAUAAUAUUUGAGCCGCGCCAUGAGAAAACCAACAUAGUGCAAUUGCGACAAUCAUGGAUCCAGACCAGCCUGCGCAGGAUCCAUGCUGUUUGCUAACGGUUUGUCUAAUUCCAAUAGGCGUUGAAAGCGAACAGCAUGGAUCCUGACCAGACUGCGCAGAUGCUCAGGCUGGUCUGGAUCCAUGCUGGUCACAAAGCCACUAUGUUGUUUUUCUCAUGGCAUGGCUCAUUUCGCUUAAACAUGUAAUAAAAAUGUAUCCAAAAUGACAGUUCUUUCUGAGGCUUGCCUAAGGAAGCUGGAUUGGAAAAAAUUAAAUCGGGAUAAGUCUGACAACAACCCAUCAUAGAUAAUGUUGUCUAUUCAGGGCUGAAGUUGUGGGCAAAAUAUAUCCGAAAUGUGUCAUUUGUAGGGCUAAAGUAGAAGCAGGUCGCUGCAUAAAAAUUCCAUCUGAAACUCGGCUGGACCAAUUAGUACGUUUUCGCGUCUAGCCGUAUUUGUAUAUGCCAUCUGCUUGAGACCACUUUCGUGGCAUCACACUGAAUGUGAAACCGUCACUGAUAUGACAUGUCAAGAAGCUACUGUUCUUGACCUAUGCAUCACAGGCAUAUCAAUGCCAAGCGUUAUUUCUGUUGGAUAGACUAUAGUCAGGAUCAGAUUAACUGCUGUGCACAUAUUGCCUCUUUUUUGUUGUGUUUAGGCCUAGUCCGCCGCUAAGAACAAUCUUCAAUUCAGUUUUCACAGAAAGAAGAACAUGAAGUAAUGAAUGCUUGUGACAUUUAGUAUGUGUCUGAAAGAAAUAAAUGACCAUGUAAAUGCACAGAAGAUGAAGAAAUGAAAAAAUAUAUAAAACUACAAAAUAAUAAUAAAAACAAAAUGGAAAACAAAUUACAUCUUCAUCGCUAGUGGCGAGCGCGUUGCAAGGAGGACAUGCAGAAGUUACCUGGUGUGUUGCUAGUAUUUGACAGCACACAUUUGCCAAUCUACUGCAGCAAACAACCAGGAUAAGCCAAUGAAAAUUUAACCCAAUGAAUAAUAAUGAAUUCACAGUAUUUGCUUCUCUCACUACUAUACAUGUAUAACAUGCCUAAAUGUGCCCUUUCAAACAUCUGUAUAGUAUUUGAGUUACAAACAGAUGUAAAAAUAUGUGACUAUCAAAUUAUUAAAAAUGAAUAUAAAAAGUAUUGGUUACUUUACAUUUGGGAACACCCUUUAGUUAUAUUUUUUGUUUAAAAGUACUGCUCCACCCCUUGCAUCAAUACAAUAGUCAUAGAAAAUGUGUAUAAUUAAUAUCUACAUAUGCUGGCCAAAUAUGGUUUUGAUGCACGGGGGGUGGGGGGGGGGGAACAAUGUUGUUUAAAGCAAAAUAGCUUUUAUAUGUAGAUAACAGGGUACGUAAUUCUGUUUAGAGCAAAAAUUACCAUUUUACGAAACAAAUAUUGAAAAAUUUGACUUUAAGAAAUAAUCUCAAAUAUGUAUUUUAAUGGUAUAUGUAAUUAAAAACUUAUUUCUCAGUGGUUUAUUUUUCACUCUUGGAGUAGGCAAAUUCAUGUAGAAAGUGUCCGAAGUCCUUUCUUGUCUGCACGAUAGUGGUUUCAUUUAUGAUUUUAUUUUAACCAAACUUGCACACAACUUGUAUCACCAUAAGAUCUUGGUUCCUUUCUUCAACCGACCAGAUCCCAUUAUGGGUUCCAGAGUUAUGGCCCCUAAAGGGCCAAAAUUAGCUAUUUUUACAUUGUCUGCACAAUAGCAGCUUCAUUUAUGAUUUGAUUUUUACCAAACUUGCACACCACUUGUAUCACCGUGAGAUCUUGGUUCCUUUCUUGAACUGGCCAGAUUCCUUCAUGGGUUCCAGAGUUAUGGCCCAUGAAAGGGCCAGAAUUAGCUAUUUUACCCUUGUCUGCACAAUAGCAGCUUCAUUUAUGAUUUGAAUUUAACCAAACUUGCACACAACUUGUGUCACCGUAAGAUCUUGGUUCCCUUCUUGAACUGGCCAGAUUCCAUUAUGUGUUCCAGAGUUAUGGCCCCUGAAAGGGCCAAAAUUAGCUAUUUUGACCUUGUCUGCACAAUAGCAGCGUCAUUUAUGAUUUGAAUUUCAAUUGAACUUGCAGAAAACUUGUGUCACCAUAAGAUCUCAGUUCCUUUCUUGAACCGACCAGAUCCCAUUAUGUAUUCCAGAGUUAUGGCCCCUAAAAGGGCCAAAAUUAGCUUUUUUGACCUUGUCUGCACCAUAGCAGCUUCAUUUAUGAUUUGAUUUUAAUCAAACUUGCACAAAACUUGUGUCACCAUAAGAUCUCGGUUCCUUUCUGGAACUGACCAGAUCCCACAAAGGUUCCAGAGUUAUGGCCCCUGAAAGGGCCAAAAUUAGCUUUUUUGACCUUGUCUGCACAAUAGCAGCUUCAUUUAUGAUUUGAUUUUAACCAAACUUGCACACAACUUGUAUCGAACCAAGAUGUUGGUUCCUUUCUUGAAAUGGUUAGAUUCCUAUAUUUGUUCGGGAGUUAUGGCCCCUGAUAGGGCCAGAAUGAGCUAUUUUUACCUUGUCUGCACAAUAGCAGCUUCAUUUUUGAUUUGAAUUUAAUCAAACUUGCAAGGAACUUGUGUCACCAUAAGGUCUUGGUUCCUUUCUUGAAUCGGCCAGAUUCCCUAAUGGGUUCCAGAGUUACGGCCCAUGAAAGGGCCAAAAUUAGCUAUUUUGACGUUUUCGGCUUGAUAGCAGCUUUGUUGUUCCUGUCUUUUGGGCUUCAUCAGUCAAAAUUUUGCUCGAUGUAAUCCUUUGGGCAUAAAACUACUGGCCUGAUUUGAAAAUAAUUUUAUUUGAAGUAACUUUAAGAAAAUUUCAACUAUAUUUUCUCAUAAUUCUUUGAUUGAUCUGGAUUAUGAUUCUUUGAUCUUCUUGUCCUUAAGUGCAAUGGUAACAGGUGAGCGAUACAGGGCGAUUUUGGCCCUCUUGUUUAAAAUUUAGACAGGUCUUGUGUUUCCAUUUUAUUUUCUGUCACUUCUUUAAUUAUGUAUAUGGUGAAAAUGACUGAUGAUAAAAUUUAAUCAUG